AUGCACAAAUUGUUUAUUUCCAAAAUACCUAAGAGUGUUCCUUCUGAAGAAGUUGAGAAAUUUCUUAAAGACUUGUUUUCUGAGGCAACACAUAUCCAGCUACUGCAGGGCUCACACAGCGGGGAACACAAGGGCCAUGCCUAUGCACACUUCACCAAUGAAACAUCUGCAGUAGAAGCACUUGAGCGAAUUAGUAACACAUCACCACCUACAUUAGACGGUGUGUUAAUUCAUGUUAAACGUGCCAGUCGUCUUGACGUUGAGGAAGAAAAUAGUAAAUCUACUCACGAUACUAAAACUACGACACGUUUGAUAUCGUAUCCCCUACCGCCACAAUUAGCACAUUACACAUAUACUAUGUGUGCCUGUUUUUUCUCUACAGUUGUUGAUACUCUUGAAGGUGUUGUUGCGCGCUGCCAGAUUGAAGAUGGUGUCACUGCUGUGGCAUUUGAAAAAGAAGAGAACAUGAUAGCGGCUAUGGCGAUGCACGCAGGAAGUGCCACGAGGUGUCUGCCGCCACUGUUGCCAGAUCUUCUCUCAUCACUCGAGACGCGAAAGCGAAGACGAACCCGCACAGAAGAGGUCAGUGAGAAGGAGCACAGAGAGAAGGAAUCUCUUGGAAACAAUACACGCGAUACGAGGGAUACGUUUUUAGACUCCUCUGAUAAAUUGCUGAGGUUGUAUAAAAAGGAACGUGGGUUGACCCCGCUUUCGCCGGCACAAGCCUUAUUGGCUGUGCGGAAUCUGAUGGAAGGACGUGGAUGUAUUGCGGUGAGAGAUCGUGAGGGUCACAUUGCGGUAUUAAACUUACCGGCGCACGUGAGUGCACUCGAAUGA